AUGCACCAGACUCGAAACGCUUCCAGCGAGGAGUACCGCAUUAUUUCUGUGCAACAUUCGCAGUACCUUCAUGAUGUCUCCGUGUGCUUUCCAAGCCCUCCACGCGCAAUUGCCGUUAUUAGUCCGGAUAAUUCAGAUGUUCAGGCCCCCAAAUUUACCGUUAGGAAAGGCGAUGGGGACAACACCUACACCAUGAAGGUCAAUGGGGGUGAUGUCCGAGGGGGUCCAGGGGACCUCAUCUAUUCCUUCGAAGAUGGAUGUACCGAGGAGUGGGUUAUCAUUUUCAGGGAAGCCGACAGAGCAUAUACUGAUAUGACAAUACCCAGCAUCGAGAGCAAGAGCAGUGAUAGAAGGGCAUGGACUGCUCCCCUCGGGCCGGGCCUCCUGCAGCGACAAACCAUUGCCAGUUGUUCAGAUUUGACAGUUUAUAAGGAUGAAGUGAACUACAUAGGUGGAUUUGGUAUUCAUGUACGAGGCAUUGUGGUCAUGAUGGUCUUUGCGUGA